AUGAAGAAAAGCAGGAGUGCUCAGGGGGUUACACCAGGCGAUGAGAAUAAGGAGCCUACUGUGGCACAAAUGUCCACAGGCAGCACACUCGGGGUAGAGGUGUGCAAAAUCCACAGGCGCUUUUCUGGCAACCUGCAGCUGCCUCCGUUGUCAUGGCGACAGGCGGAAAAGGAGAGGGACAGGGGCAGGUCACCGACACCCGAAGAAGAUCCAGUGACCCGAAGCAGACCCACAAGCCUUCCCAUCUCCUCUCUGCCCCGCAUCGACAUCACAGAGGCAGACCCCGACAGCUUUGAAGGGGAGAAUGGUCCUUCGUUGUGCUGCAGUCCUUCAGACCUGCAGGCGUCCCCGGGUUCAGGUCUGGUUCUCCAUCCCAACCAGGCGGGCCAUGGUCAGCGGCGGGAGUCCUUCCUGUACCGCUCUGACAGCGACUACGAUCUAUCGCCAAAGUCCUUGUCUCGAAACUCUUCCAUUGUUGGAGAACUGCACGGAGAAGACUUGAUUGUGACUCCAUUUGCUCAGGUUCUGGCAAGCCUUCGGACUGUCAGGAACAAUUUCACCACCUUGACAAAUGUCCAGUGUGCAUCCAAUAAGAGGUCUCCUGCUGCGAAUCAGCCUUCUGUCACCAAAGUCUGUCUGUCAGAUGAGUCCUACCAGAAGCUGGCUAUGGAGACCAUGGAGGAGCUGGACUGGUGUCUGGACCAGCUGGAGACCAUCCAGACCUACCGCUCUGUCAGCGACAUGGCCUCCAACAAGUUCAAGAGGAUGCUGAACCGGGAGCUAAGCCACCUGUCUGAGAUGAGUCGCUCUGGCAACCAAGUGUCAGAGUACAUCUCCAACACCUUCCUAGACAAGCAAAAUGAGUUGGAGCUUCCAUGUCCAGUUCCUAAAUCGAGGGAAAGGAAAAGAAGGCAGCGGCAGCAGCAGCAGCAGCCGCUGCAGCCGCAGCCGCAGCAGCAGCAGAGUGGGAUGAUGACGCAGAUCAGUGGGGUGAGGAAGGUCAGCCACACGCCCAGCAUCUCUGGAAGCACGGGGAAUCGUUUCGGGGUCAAGACGGACCAGGAGGAACUGCUGUCCAAGGACCUGGAGGACAUCAACAAAUGGGGCCUGAAUAUCUUCAAAGUGACGGAGCACUCCCACAACCGACCGCUCACAUGCAUCAUGUACACCAUCUUUCAGGAGCGAGACCUGAUGAGGAAGUUCAAGAUUCCAACGGACACCUUUGUGACGUUCAUGCUGACCUUGGAGGGCCACUAUCACUCCGACGUGGCCUACCACAACAGCCUGCACGCCGCUGACGUAGCCCAGUCCACACAUAUCCUCCUGUCCACCCCCGCGCUGAAUGCGGUCUUCACAGAUCUGGAGAUCUUGGCAGCCAUUUUUGCUGCAGCCAUUCACGACGUGGACCACCCAGGAGUGUCCAACCAGUUCCUCAUCAACACCAACUCCGAGCUGGCUCUGAUGUACAACGACGAGUCGGUGCUGGAGAACCACCACCUGGCCGUGGGCUUCAAACUGCUGCAGGAGGACAACUGCGACAUCUUCCAGAACCUCGCCAUGAAGCAGAGGCAGACGCUCCGGAUGAUGGUCAUCGACAUGGUAUUGGCAACUGACAUGUCUAAACACAUGAGCCUGCUGGCUAACCUGAAGACGAUGGUGGAGACCAAGAAAGUGACCAGCUCUGGAGUCCUACUGUUGGACAACUACACCGACAGGAUGCAGGUUUUGCGAAACAUGGUUCACUGUGCGGACCUGAGCAACCCGACCAAGCCUCUGGAUCUGUACCGGCAGUGGACAGACAGGAUCAUGAAUGAGUUCUUCCACCAGGGAGACCGAGAGAGGGAGAGGGGGAUGGAGAUCAGUCCGAUGUGCGACAAACACACAGCUUCAGUGGAGAGAACACAGGUUGGCUUCAUCGAUUACAUUGUCCACCCUCUGUGGGAGACGUGGGCCGACCUGGUCCACCCCGACGCCCAGGACAUCCUGGACACACUGGAGGACAACAGGAACUGGUACCAGAACAUGAUCCCCCAGAGUCCUUCCCCUCCCUUCUACACCAGCGACGGCGAGGGCGGCCCACAUGGGGAGCUGGGAGGGGGACCUGGGGCGAGUAAAUUUCAGUUUGAGCUGACGCUGGAUGACCAGGAUGGACAGAGUGGAGACGGGGAGAGAGCGAUGAUGGAGAUGGCUGAAGGUGUGAUACUCCAAGACCACGCCUCUGAUCAGGGCGGGAUUGAAAUGGUGGCGCAUGACGUCUCCCCAGCAGAAACAUAGCUGAACUGACGGUGUUCGUAGAGUGCACCAAGUUUUGGAUGAAAUAAUUUAAUUGCAGUAGAGCAAUCCUGCAAUCUGGCUCUUUAGAGCUGCCUGGCAAAGAGGGCCUUACUGAAAGUGGGGCACCCCUGCAAACAAGGCUUGGAAACCCUGUGGCAGUUUGUUUUUGAGCCCCCUAGAAGGGAGCUGGAAGAGGUCUGUUCUUUAAAGAAGGGACUAACUGUCAGACUGCAGAUGCAGGGCUGAACCUCAGAUAAAGAAGGGGAAAUGGACGACAUGUAUCCAUGAACUGGGACUAGAAACAAUUCUUGCACUUCAGGACGUUUUUUACGUUCAUUUCAAUUCUUUGCGUUGUGUCGGGAUUGGAUGCCACCUGGUAAAAGUGUCCAACCAAAAGCUACUGGUGAGCAGUUUAUUUGUACGCAAGUAGUUUUUUUCGAACACUUGUCUUGAAGGAAAAAAAGUUGUGUGCCUUUUUUUAAAAACUGUCUUUUUUUUUUGUAAGUGUUUUUUAUAAUUUAUUGAACACAUUCAUGUAGCUGUAAAAUGUGUCACAUUUUCUACAAAAAGGAAACAUUUGUCUCACACAGUCUUCCUAAUGUUCUGGCAAUAGUAUAAGCUUGUUCUCACAAAAGCGUUUAGUGGAUGUAUUUCUAAAAUCUGACGACUUCCCAGCACAAUUUGCACUUUGUGGCAUCGGACGAAGAGAGUAGUAGUAAUAUACAUUAUACUAAACGUGUAAAACCAAAAGAGUUUCUGUUUCUGUUUCUUUUUCUCCAAUGAUUCAUUUCACAAGAAAUUAAAUAAUGAAUAGGACAAAUUCCUUGAAAGUGGGAAAACAUUUUGUAUUUAUGAGUCCAAAAACAUCAAAACUCCAAAGAUCCUGUAAAGAAAGCACUUUGAUGAUUUCACUGCCACCUCUGAACAGAGUUUGAUCCCAUGCUUGAAGAGUCGCUCGUGUAACUAACGGAAAAGGAUUCGGGCCACAUGUAAAGAAAUGUGAACGAGUUUGAAGUUGGAAUUCUGAGAUGACAGUCAGAACUCAGAUCAUUUGUUCACAUUUGGCCUUAAUCCUCUUCUGCAUGUAACAAAUAGAACUAGGACCAGAAGUCAAAUUGAUCCCUGACUUCGUCGUGUAGCUGGAUGAAGAGUUCCGGAUAAGGUUAAAUGUUAGCAUAAAUAAGAUGGAGGUUAGAAAUGUCCUCACCUCGUAUGGUGCUGAGCUAUCCCCAGGGGGAAAUCUGUUUCCACCUUGUAAUUUCCUCCGUUUCAUUAACUCACAUUCUCGUAAAUAAGCUUUACACCGUGACUCAUUUUGAACUUUGAAUGACUGUAAGACUGUGUGCACAUUUUUUAAAAGACACCUAUUAUAGUAAUAGAAUAAUUGUAUCUUGUAGUUUUUAUUCCAGCACUUUUAAUAUGUCGACAGUCUGGCAGCUGGUUGCCGGUCUGUCCAACACUACCUUAAAGGUACCACGAUGUAAGGUGCAACCUUCAGAAUAAAGGGUGGGGGAUGGAUAUCUCCCGUGUGUGUGUUUGUGUGUGUGUGUGCAUGUGAGUGUGUGUGUGUAAGCGGUCACAGAGUUGCACCCAGCUGUGUUGUGCCGACUCUUCAGCUGUUUGUAACAGUGUAUUUAUUAUCUUUCUCCUUGUAUAUGAUAUUGAUUGUUAAUAUUACCUGCAUAUUUGUUAUUAUUUAUAUGCACUACCACACGUCAAAUCACAGUUUGACUGAACUCGUCUGGUGGUUGUGUUGUAUUAAGCUCUUUUGCUAUAAGACCAUAACAUGAAGUUAUGCAGCUCAAUUGUGACGAUUUGAAAUGUUUAAAAACAAAAUGUUUGUACCGUGUGAACCAACGCCUGACGUGUGAGGUGCACAAGGAGUCUGACUUUGUUUUUGUCUUUUGUUCCUGGCGGAUUAUGAAGGCUGAAUAUUUACUGCAGUAUAGUGUGUACGGUGACGGGUCAUUGUACAGCUAUAGGGAUAUUUGCUGAAAUAUAUUUUUUCAGUGUUUUUCCUCACAAUAUAUUGUACAAUGGUGUAUGUUGUGCUCAACAAAUGUUUUCUAUCAGAUUAUUAAAAUGGGCAUGUAUUACAGAA